AUGGCAGACAAUGAAACACAGGACUGGGCUACAGGCAUCAAGUCUGUACAAUUCCAGAAGAACUCAGCACAUCACUCGGGGAUUAAGUGUUCACCAUACUCGGCCAUGUUUGGGUGUGAAGCUCGAGUGGGCUUAACCUCUUCAGCACUACCCACAGAAGUGAUCUACAGGAUGGAGAGUGAGGAUGAUCUUCUGGCUGCUUUCUCGUGUAGCACACCUCAUACACAAGAAGCUGACAUCAUACAAGUCAUCUCAAGCAGCACAACUCCUUCUCAUGAAACUGACAGCAUCACAGCCUCAUCAAACAGCCCAGCUUCUUCUCAUGAAACUGACAGCAUACCAGCCUCCUCAAGCAGCCCAACAUCUCCACAUGAAACUGACAGUAUACCAGCCGACUUAAGCAGCCAAACUCAGCCAUCAGUCACCACCACACCAAUCUUGGAAGACCACACUAUCCAGAUCAGGAAGCGUAGAGCUGAAGCCUAUACAGCACUACUAUCUCAGGCAGAGAGGAUGGUGAAACGCAGCCGUGUGGAUCUCAAAACCGGUGUGCCUGGGGACAAUGUGGCUGUUCCUAUACCGGCAGUAGAUCGUGGCAGAGGGGAUCCUCGUAACAUUCUUGGUGUCAUCGUCAACAGAGACGUCGACACUGACCAGUACAAGAUUGCUGUAAAGGCGGGUGUUUUAAAGGGACAAUACUCCAGGAACCAGUUUGAUUUGUGUCCUCAGCGAUUACUGACAGAAGCUGAUGUCAGUCAGGAGAAUGUAACGUCACUUCUUUCUGCUGUUAUUGCGGAAUCUUCAUCUGGUGGGCAAGGUUUUACCAAGUGCAACUGCAACGGUCCAAAAAAGUGCCAGUCCAACAGAUGCAAAUGUUUUAAAGCAAAGCUGAAGUGUAACUCAAGAUGUCAUUCCAGCCUCACAUGCUGCAACAAAUAA